GACGUUGAGAGAGAGGUUAUUGUCCUGGCACGUUGCCAUGUUGCCAAGACGCUGACCUCCUCUCUGUAGGCGGUCUCAUCGUUGUUGGAGAUGAGACCCAGGAUGGUGGUGUCGUCUGCAAACUUAAAGAUGGCAUUGGAGCUGCGUGUGGCCACACAGUCGUGCGUGAACAGGGUGUACAGGAGGGGACUGAGUACGCAGCCCUGAGGGGCUCCGGUGCUCAGGGUCAGUGCAGAAGAGGUGAGGUUUAGCCCAUCAGCUUCAAGUUUUGAAUGAUUGUACAUUCAGAGAUGCCCUUCUGCACAUCACUGUUGUUAUUUGUCCAUUUGUGGCCUUUCUGUUAGCUUGAAAAAGUCUAUCCAUUCUCCUGUGACCUCUGUCAUUAAUAGGUUUUUUUCAGUCACAGAACUGCAACUUACUGGAUUUAUUUAUUUAUUAAUUUUUUUUAUCGCAUUUCUCUAAACAUCAAUCAUACCACAAUUAAACCACGCGAUUCGCUGUUUGGAAGAGCAGCCUAUUUGCGUUAAUGAGCAGGUGUAGCCUACCUAAUAAAGUGGCCGACGAGUGUACGCAGUUCAAACACUCAAUUUUUUUCAAGCCUGCCUGACACAUAGCGCCAAGGGAAAGAGUCUGGGAGGAGCAAACCAUCCUUCCAAUAUAAGGACGUAUUUCCUCCAUCAAAUGUAACCUCUUCACAGUUUGUCUGACAACGAAAUAAAAUUUCAAAGAAGUUUGGAAGGGCUCCAAGCAAACGCAUAGACAAUAAAGCUCCAUUGAUAAUUUCUAACAGCUUCAUACGGGCGCUGCGUUUAAGACGUAGUAAGGACAGAAGAAACAAGUAUUUUACCAAACUUUAAAAAUGACGCUUGAGCCGUUGCGGUCGGCGAUGACCUUUGAAAAUGUGGAAGACACAUCACUCGCUCUGCCAUCGGAUACCAACCUGAGGUCUGGACAGCAACGUGUCCUGGACCAAGUUCACACCAUCAAGCGAGGUCGCUCAAAGAAAAGUGGAUCACUUUCGCCUACAAGUCCUCAGAACAACGCUGAGGUCAGCGAGUUUCGUUCCUUCAGGUUCACCCCAGCCAAGCUCAAUGGAACGAUCUACUCCAGGAGUAAUUCCAUUGCAACAGCUGGGUUCGUCAGAACGGGCACCCAAGUCCAGCAGAACCGCACAAUGUCCGCGAAGAGCCUGAGCCGAAGGCACGCCAGCAGCUCCAGCCAAUGGGAGCAGCGCUUCACGCCCGCCGGCCCCUCCAACGGCUUCGUCAUCCCCACCCCCGGCGCGCUGCACCCCAGCCGCAGCGACCCGGAGCUGGGGGCCCAGGUCGCCGUGGCGCGCGCCAAGACCCGCGGCACCAUGCAGGCCCGGUCCAACCGGGCCAGCAUGUACACCGUCGCCAACGGCAACGGCAACGGUUUCUUCGCUGCUUCUAAUAGCGCCACGCAGUUUAUCGCUGGCCCGGUCCGCGCGGUCCGACCGCCCUCUGCCCUGUCCAAUGGCGAGAUCAAGAUGGCGACGGCCAAGGCCACCAAGAGCGAGAACAUUGUGACGACCGAUGGGGGAAGCAUCCCGGAUAUCACCAUGAAAGAGGCAGUGGAAUUUCUGUCCAGCGCGCAGGACAGCUACCAGCUCCGGGGAGCGUCCUACAUCCAGCACAGCACCUUCAAGGAGGACAGGGCCAAACAGGAAGUGUACCAGCUGAACGGGAUCCCCGCCCUGGUCAGCCUGCUGCAGAGCUCCAACGGGCAGGUCCAGCAGACCGCCGCGGCCGCGCUGAGGAACGCGGUCUUCCGGCACGCCGCCAACAAGCAGGAGGUGCACCGCUGCGGCGGCAUCGCCGACGCCCUGGCCCUGCUGCCGAACACCAGCUCCACCGAGACGCAGAAGCAGCUGUCAGGGCUGCUGUGGAACCUGUCGUCUGCGGACGGCCUGAAGCCGGACCUGAUCAAGAGCGCCCUGCCCGUCCUCACCGAGAACAUCGUGGUCCCCUUCACCUGCUGGUCCGAAGGCUGCGCCUCCAACAACGUCGACCCCGAGGUCUUCUACAACGCCACCGGCUGCCUGCGAAACUUGAGCUGUGCGAAGGAGGCUGAAAGGCAGGCCAUGCGUACCUGUCGCGGCCUGAUCGACUCCCUGGUCACCUACGUCCAGUCCUGCGUUUCUGAAGACAACCCCGAUGACAAGUCGGUGGAAAACUGCAUGUGCAUCCUGCACAACCUCACGUACCAGGUGGAGGUGGAGGCCCCGGAGUACUUCAGCCAAUUUACGGCGGCGUCCCAGCCGCCCGCCAGGAGCACCGCCGCCAAGAAGUCCUCCCCCAUCAGCUGCUUCAGCCCCAAGAGCAGCAAGCUCGAGCAGGAGAACGUCUUCAACUUCCCAUUGCUGGAGGACAGUAACCCCAAAGGCCUGGGAUGGCUCUUCCACUCCAAAACCAUGCAGACGUACCUGUCCCUCCUGGGCAGCAGCCAGAAAGACGCCACGCUGGAGGCCUGCGCCGGGGCCCUGCAGAACCUUACUGCCAACAAGGGAACCGUGUCCACGGUGAUGAGCCAGACCAUCGUGCACAAGCUGAACGGCCUGCCCGAGAUCAUCCCGCUGCUGCAGUCCUCCAGCCCCAGCCUGCAGAAGACCGCCGUCUCCCUCGUGGGAAACCUGUCCCGCAACCCCAGCCUCCAGAAGCUUCUGGCCCGGCAAGUUCUCCCCCAGCUGACCGGCAUACUGAGUUCCGGAACCCCCGACAAGGCGGAUUCGGACGAGUACCUGGCGACGGGGUGCAACACGGUCCACAGCCUUCUGAAGGCGGAGCCUGACAUGGGCAAGAAAGUGCUGAACUACACGCUGGUCAACUCGCUGAGUGACAUCAGCAAUAAUGGGUACUUUCCGAAAUCUAGCAAAGCAGCUGCUCUCUUACUUUAUGGGCUCUGGGCAGAAAAGGAUAUCCAAAGUUUCCUUAAAAAGCAAGGGAUGAACAAGAGUACCUUUGUGAACGACAUUACCACAUUAGCCCACAAAUCUGCCCAGGUCAUUGAAUAAAGUCAUUUCUGAGAUACUGUUGGAAAAAAGGUACAUCCUUCAAAUUGAGCAGAUCCCUGCACCCUCUCUUACACGCUUGCAACAGGCCUUGGAAAUAAUGCGUUUUUGCACGUUUCUCUGGUUCUUUGAAAAUACCUUUUUGUGGGUUGAUUUUGUAGCAGCUUACCAAAGGUGAAUUUACGUGUUAUUCAGUGUAUUAGAGAAAUUAAUAAAGACAUACAUUUCCAUCAUUGAAAUGUUGACUACAUUAGUCUCUUGUAAAAGGUGGAGACCUAAAUUUAGACAUCCCAGGGAUCUGGAGACAUUGUAAUGCUGCAUGUAAAAUAUUUUUCAACGUUUUUUGUUUCCUUUUUUGUGAAUUCAAUUAAAAAAUGCUUUUUUUUUUUUCUUUAAAUAACAAAAGCAGUUUUACAAAUGUUAACAAAUAAACAAAACUCGUUUUUUUAUUAAAGUGUUGACAGGAUAUCUCUCACUGGCUAGUUAAUUUGAAACUGCAGGAAGAGAAUACCAUAUUUGUGUAGUAUGGUAAAGCAGUGCUCUUAAUAGUACCAAUUUGUUUUGGCAUACUUGGGUCCAUUCUCCAGUGUUAGAAAUUAAUCUGAGGAAUACUUUGGGUGUCUUAAAUGAAAUUGAUGAGUCGUGUGGAGAAAGAGCUAGAAAGUUGAUUGAAUGAAUCCAUUGAUGAAGAUGUAAAUAUGUCAAUUUGAAGAUGCCGAAGAGGUAUUUUUUAUUUUGUGCUUUGGAAAGCUUAUUUUACCAUAUGAUGGUGUGUAAGUUGUGGGGUUCUCAGUAUAAAACACUGUACUCGCACGGUGGUGUAAAUGUGGAAUGUGUGGAUUUGUAUCGCGUAAAAAUAUAAAGAAAACCAUUACUUUCUUACUACGAAACUGAAAUUUAAUUCAAGAGAUAGGGCACUAUGCAUAAGCUGUACUCUUGUGUACAUUCUGAAUGCUGUAUUUGUGUUUUAAGGUUCACACUGUUGAAUUUUCAUAUUGUGGUUUUUCAGUUUUCUCUGUACUUUCACUCAAAUAGAUUAAGCAUGCAUGGGCAAGAAGUACAAAUGAAUGCUUAGAGCUAAGUUAAUUUCCUUGGGUAUCAAUUUGAUGCUUUGUAAAAAGUCUGUUCAUUGUGUUCAUUAGAUUUAGGAUUGUUACAAACCCAUGACUGUUAAGAUAAGCUGAAGUUUUAAGUGCUUAACUAAUUGAUAACCAUCUUGUAGCCAGUAUGCAUAUCUUUGCGCUUUGAGCUAGAUUGAUGAGGUCUGAAAUCUUCCCCCAGUCACAGAGAACUGCCACGUUCUUCAGGUCUAGUGUCCACCAAGAUUUGGGCCAGUUUUAUUUCAAUUCAGUCAAACCAGCACAUUAAUUCAAACGUUACGAUUCCAUUGGAAAACACCAUAAAAUAUUAUAAAAACAUUUUCGAUCCAUGAAUUGAAUUUCAGAAUUUAAGUACAGCUGAGCCCAAGCGGAUUUGAUUUCAGGUAAUCAGGAAAUCUGAAGGACUACUGGGCUUGUUCGUUCCUCCUGAGGUGCGUUCAAAUUCGGCGAACAGAGGCGAGCGUUCGCGGCGAACACGUUUUCUUUGAACGGUUAAAUUUCAACGGCUUUUUAAGAACGUUCCAAAUUGUUUGCAUUAAACAUAAACAGACAUGGCGACGAGAGCGUUUGUAGGCUACUCGCAGCCACUUCUGUGAAAUACCCAUCUGCGAGCACAUUUCCCUCGGUCCAGCGUCCAUUUUUGUUCAGCGCAAACUACCUUUUUAGACCGCUCGCUUAUGUUUGCAAACGUUUGCGGCGAACACAAAGCUAACGGAAAAAAGUUUGAAAGAGUUUGCAAAAGUUCGCCUUGUUCACUGAAUUUGAAUGCACUGAUUUCUAUGAAACGUAACACUGCUACCUUUGACAUUUCUCUGCUGUGUUUGUGUGUGUGACUGUGUUAAGCGUCUUUUCAUGCCACUUGACCUUUCAUUAAUGCUAAUGUGUUUGAUUGGACGACCUUCAUCCGUUUGGAAAACUGAAAGAGUACGCAACUCUCAUGGAUUGCGGUGCUGCAACUCUGAGCUGUAUAGAAGUGAUUGUAAUGAAACUCAGAUAUAUAUAUAAUUGUAUAUACUGUGUGCGCUUUGUGACUAGACAGAAUAAACAUGGAUUCCUUUAAAA